AUGGCAUAUUACUACAAUUUCGAAGGUCUACCUAUAUCUUCUGUCGAUGUUUCUGAUGUUUUGGAUACUCUGAUUUGGGAUGAAGAUAUGGAGGAAAUUCCGUUGACAUCUGGCCACAGUUUUGAUCCAGUGUGCGAGGCACUAACCCUAGGUGCUAUUAAAGGGUUCCAAGUUCCAGAUAAAAUUGGAAACACUUUACAUUCGAACGAGAGCGAUACUACGACAGCUACAACUCCCAUGGUGGAAUCAUCGCAAUCCCAUGCCAUAAAUCUACUUGAUCAAAUUUCAAAAGACCUAGAACCAACAGGUCCAAUAGAUCUCUUGCAUCAACAAUGCUCUGCGGCUAUUAACAAAUUUAGCUGUGACGUAGGCCUAUACUCAGAUCUCAUUUCUUCUACAGCUAGUAAAAUCGAUAGUUCGGCAGGAGAUCUUGUGGAUAUAUAUACUGCUAAAGUAAAUAUAUCCGAAACAAUAUUAUCUCUAAAACGAUUUGCAACUUUUUUAUCACUUGUGACAACUGCUAGUACUUAUUUGGCAAACAAGGACUAUGGCACCAUCGCAUUCAUCUUGCUGGUAUGUAAGAAUUUGUUAAUUUCGUUAGAAAGUGUUAUAAAUAUUAUCACUUUCCAAAAAUUUACGGAAUAUUACAACAAAUUCUGCACUCUUACAAGGGUAUCUAUUGAGAAAGAUCUGAAUUCCAUACUAAAUGGUAUAGACUUGGCACAAGAGUACAAAUAUUUUAAAACGAAUGAAUGUUGCCUAUGCCUUGACCUUAUAGAUACUUCAAUUAAAUGUUCGAUAAUUGAACAAGUAGUUGACAAAUUUAUGGAUCAGUACAAGCAAUGUUUUAGAGGUUCUGACAGGGAGAGCGCCGAAUUUUCACGACGAAUUAGUUGGUUCCGGCGCAAUCUACCAUCAGUAAAUGAUACUGAAAAACAUUUCCCUCCUAAUUGGAAUUUCACUAUUAAUUUCACCAAACAAUUUUUCAUUGAAUCUUCCAAGGAUUUAGAAACAUUGCUUGCCAAGCAUAAAUCUCCUUUAGUUGAAGCCGAUCUUUACAGUAUGGUGAAAAUGUGCAAAGAAUUUGAACUGGAGCAGAAUGAAACACAAUUACCAAAUAGAAUAGUUAUUAGGAUUAUUCCAAAUUUUGAUAUUUUGGAAUAUCCAAUAGUGUCUAGUGAUGAAUUGAAGCUGGAAUAUACUAUAGAAUCUGAAAAAGUAGAUUUCAGUGGCCACUUUACAAAUUGUUUUGAGGGUUAUUUAGGUUCCUGGUUAUACAGUCAAGAAACCAGCUUAAACAAUUUUUUAUUACCACUCGAUAACAAUGAGAUAAUUAUACAAAAGAACGACUUAAAUGUAUACAACUCUGCCUUUCAAUUGUUUACCAAAUUCAGAAACAUACUGAGCCUAGCUAUGUCUGUUAGCACUGAACAGACGCUAUUGGAAGCUUUUCAGAUGCUCAAGAGGGUACUAAAAUUGUAUCAUCAAUUAUUAAUUGGGAAAUGGGGAUUUGGAGAUAAUCGGGACUUUGACAAACUGUGCAGCGAUGGCGGCGUUUUGGUUGGAACAAGUUUAUACUGCGAAACCAUGUUUGUGGAUAUGGAAAAUAAAACAUGCCAAGUUAUUCGGGAUUUGUACCGGCCUAUUUGUAAACGGCAUGAUAUACUUGAUAUAUUUUCAUCCUUUAGAUCCUCAAUUAUCUAUAAAGUGAUUAACGAAAUUUCAACUAGUGUUGAUAUAGAGUCUGGAUAUUUUGAAAAAAUAGCCCAAUUUAAGGCACCAGUUGAUAAUUUCAUAAUGGACAUCGUUAUGAUAUGCGAUGCAAUGUUGAAUGUCUCUAGGAACAAUUUUCCCGUAUCAUGCUAUGAGUACAUAUGCAACAAGAUAGCUAGAUAUCUAUUGAAGUCUUUCAAGGAUGGUGUGUGUAAUUUUGGUGAAGAUUUUGCGUCAAAAUUGAGUGCAGUCACUGUGAAGCAGAUAAAUUUGGAUAUUGUGUUGCUGGAAAAGUAUUUAAUAGGCAUGGAAAUUGGUGAAGGUUCUAGAAAUGUAUUUAAUAAGCACAUGAAUGAAGAAAUCGCAUUUAUAACCAAAUAUUUUGGAAAACUGCAACUGAGCUCGUGUUAA